AUGAUUCCAGGAAUUUUGGAGAAUCAAAACCACAUGGACCAAAUCGAGUCACAUCCUGAUAACUCGGAGAUAGGUGCAGGUAAAGUAAAAGAGCCGAGGGUAAUAUCUCCGGGAGGAUCCAAGACCGACGAUAGAAGGCAAAGUCACCGUGUUACUAAUCAGAUUGACAUGAUUCAAGAGAGUAGAGAGAAGCCUCAUGGAGAAGUGAACAUGGAAGCUUCCAUAUCAGCAGAAGAUGUGAUAAGAGCUGGAGGGUUUGGUGCUAAGGACGACAUCGGAAGCUUCCUUCCGGUGGCAAGCGACUCGACUGACUUUGAGGAAUCAAUCCGCUCUGCACGCGACUAUGAAGAACCGCAACCGGAGGUUCAAAGACCGGGUCUUGGCUGGCCUAAAGAGUGAUUUUUUUUUUUUGCUCUGCUUUUACCAAAACGUUUUCAAGGACCUUUCAAAGAUUUUUGUGUUUGUUUUUGUUUUGGGAGUAAUCAUCUCAAACUGUGUAAGUGGGACGAAUUAUGGAAACUACCUCUUUUAUAUAUCAAUCAAUAUUUUUAUAUA